AUGAACCCCGAGUGGGAAAAAGCACAGCCCCCUGGGAAACCCCUCAAACCCCUGCCCUUUACCUGGGGGACGUUGAAGGGACACUUUACCCCCCGGGCCCGGGCCCACCCUGGGGUUCGACAGGCCCCCGCCCACCAAUGUCACGCCAUUACGGGCAAAAGCCGCCCUUUCUUUUCACGCCCCGUGCACAACCUGGGCAACAAGAGUAAUAUAGAAAUAGACAAAGCACAUGGCCCUUCUCCCUCUCGCUCCCACACCCGCUUUGGCACAAUACAAGCACCCAUGAUUCCACGAAAUCUGACCAUCUUGAGAGUGAACUGGAUAAAAAUGCACUGUAGUUUCGUCAUGAACUUGAGAGACGUCAGAGCCAUCGAGGUCUGGGUAAAUCUUGUGACAAUCUGCAAAAGCGACGGACACACAAACUCACUUAUGAGCGCACGUCAACACACUCUUAUUUUCACAAGAUCAGACCUUAUUCUCUACAACCCAAAGCCUCAUCAGAAGCAUCACAAGGGAGUUUGUAGUGUGUCUAAAUCACGACCUGCCUCUCCGCCGCAGGUUUCGUGGAUCAGACAGCGGGACAUCCACAUCCUGACGGUGGGUCGCUACACCUACACGACCGACGAGCGUUACGAGGUCAUCCACUCCCAAGGCUCCAAAGACUGGAUCCUCAAGAUUAAGUACGCGCAGUCAAGGGACUCGGGCAACUACGAGUGUCAAGUGUCCACCAAGCCUGUCAAAUCCUACACCGUCCACCUCCACGUCUUCGCUCCCAAAGUAGAGAUCAUUGGGUCGCCGGAUAUGCACGUUGACACGGGUUCGACCAUCAAUCUGACCUGUGUCAUUGCUCAUAGCCCGGAGCCUCCGUCAUAUAUCUUCUGGUAUCACAACGACCAGGUGGUGAACUACGAGUCCCCGAGGGGCAGCGUCUCUGUGCUCAAGGAGGAGGACAACGUUUCCCGCAGCUCUGAAGCCCAACCAUCAGAUACAGGAAAUUACACUUGUUCACCGUCCAACGCUGAUGGUACUUCGCUUCGUGUGCAUGUGUUCAGUGGUGACCCCCCCGCAGCCAUGCAGACCAACGGAGGUGUGGCUCUUUUAGCCCCGCCCUUCGGCCACGCCUUUUAUACCUGCCUCGUAGGGGGACUUUUCCUGACACUGCUGACGGAGGACCUACUGCUGCCGGGGACCUUCAGGGGCGGCGGGGUGGCCUAGGACACGAGGCCCGCCCCUGACGACAUCAGCCUUCUCCCGUCACUUACUCGUCGGAGUGUAUGAACUGCAAUCUGUACAAACUCCACAUUACGUGCACUCUGAUGAGAUUCCCCUAGGCAGUGUCCCGUGCAAGGUCUGACUGCG